AUGGGGGCGGGGGCGCGAUGCCCCAGCCCAGGCGUAAGGACCAAGGCGCCGGGGUGGGCAGAGCGCGCGCCGGACCCGACCCACGUGAGCGGUCGGGCCGAGGCCAAGGCCGCUCCGAGGACGGCGGCGCCGCGGGCACCUCGCCGGGCCCGGACUUACCCGGGCCGGGCGCGCCGCUGGCCCCGCAGCGGCCGCUUCCUCCUCCUCCUCACUUGA